UUUCUCCCCUUUUUUUUUUUUUUUUUUAAGCAGAGGUGAUCAGGACAGAAGAUCCAAUACUAAUGUCCUUUAAUGGCUUUCUAUACAGCUUUAGUUUUAUUCUGUUUAGUGCAUAUUUACCACAUAUGUGACGUGUCCAGCUGGUACACAAUGCUGACUGAGGUUUUGUGUUGUGGACCGUGCACGAAGGCAACCAGAAAUAAAGAGGGGGGCACAGUGGGGCGCUGGCUUGCAUGGGAUCUUGUCAUUCUGUCCCAGCUCAGCGAGGCUCAUCCAGCCAUGUUCCCUGCAGUUCUCACCUGCAAGCGCGGCGUGGACAAGAACGUUGUUCGCCUUCUGUGGGACAGAACAGAGGGCAACACCAUGGUGAAGGUGUGGCGGCAGGUCCAGGAAAAUCACCAUGAAGAAUAUCUUCAUCGUAAGGACCUGUACACCAUCCUUAUGAUGAGCACCGUGGAGCCGCGUGGCAUUGUUUCCUCUUUGGGGCACACCUUCCGCCCUCCCCCUCCCUCCAGAGAGUUACCCUCCACACGACUCCUGCGGCACGCCUUUCUUUUGGCAGAGGCCGACAAUGUGCAGCACUACAGGAACCAGAUCCUCUCCACCUUUGGCACUGUGCUGAAAAUGGAUUCCACCAAAAAAGUAUUUCAAAGUUUUACUGUAUUACCAUUUCAGACAUAUUGCAGUCAUUUUUCACAACUUAUGAUGAAAUACACCUCAUAUUGCUGUGGUUUGAUGACAAACGAUGGCAUGUUUCAGGUGGUUAAGAAGCUGUCUGGAGAGGCUCAUGGGUCAAGGACUGAUGGAGAGGUUUCAGCGGGCCAAUCAACCGGCUCCGAAGAUCCUGUACAUUGA